CACGACGCGACGAACGUUGCAUACAGACCCGAUAACGCGACGACCGCGCUACGUGUAAACUCACAUCAAUCCCGUCCGCCGCCGACACGCGACAUUAUCGUUUUUUUUUUUUUUUCGUGUUUUCCGAGUUUAGCCGCACUACGGAGAAAUGCACGGCUUCCGGUUCCGGACGGCGGUGUUGUUCCUGUCGCUGCUGUCCGCGGCGGCCGCCCGCUACCGGUUGCUCGUGUUGCACACCAACGACAUGCACUCGCGGUUCGACCAGGUCGACCGGUCGAUCGGCGAGUGCGUCGGGUCCUUCCGGCCGUGUUACGGCGGUUUCGCCAGGCUGAAGACGGCCGUCGACCGGGAACGCCGCCGCACCACCGACGCCGGUCCCGUCGACGGCGCGCUGUUCCUCAACGCCGGCGACACGUUCCAGGGCACGGUCUACUACUCGUUCCUCAAGUGGCGGGCCGUCGAGCGCAUGGUCCGGACGCUCGGCAUCGACGUCAUGUCUUUGGGGAAUCACGAAUUUGACGACGGCGUGGAAGACAUUGCACACUUCAUACGAAACAUAAACGUACCUGUAGUUGCUAGUAAUCUCGAUUUAACCUACGAACCAUCAUUGGUUAAUGAGCCGAAUUUGAUGAAAUCUAAAGUUUUGGUGGUGAACGGUCGCAAAAUCGGAAUUAUCGGGUACUUGACACCGGAGACAGAAGUUCUAUCACAAGUAGGCAAUGUGAAAAUAUUACCAGAAGUCCCGUCGGUUACGGCCGAAGCGAAACGUCUUAAAAGCGACGGGGUAGAUAUUCUCAUAGCGUUGGGACAUUCUGGUUUCGAAAUGGAUAAGCAGAUAGCCAGAGACGUCGAGGACAUCGAUUUGGUGAUUGGUGGACAUUCGAAUACGUUUCUGUAUACAGGAAAACCACCGGAUAUCGAAAUACCUGUUGGCUCUUAUCCUUUUUGGGUGGAACAACCAAAGACCAACAGGAAGGUACCAGUCGUUCAGGCAUAUACCGCCACCAAAUACUUGGGAGAAUUGUGGCUAGAAUUCGACAAAGACGGUGAAGUUGUCAAAUGUCAUGGAAAUCCGAUUUUAUUGGAUUCUCGUAUCGAGCAAGAUCUCGAAGUAUUGAACGAAGUUCAGAUAAUGAAAAGAGCUGUCGAUAAUAAAACUCAAGAAGUGAUCGGUUCAACAAGUGUAUUCUUAGAGGGUGUUAAUGAAUACUGUAGGUUUAGAGAAUGCAACCUGGGUAGUUUCAUAAUGGACUCUUUCGUAGAUUAUAAUGUUCGAAAAAAUAUUAAAUCGUUUGACUUGGCCAAAUAUUGGACUGAUGCACCGAUAUCGAUAAUGCAAGCUGGAGGAAUACGGAGAAACAUCAAUAAUAUAAAUAGAAGGGGUAACAUCACUUUUGGCGAUUUACUGUCAACGCUGCCGUUUCAGAAUGAUGUGGGUAAAAUUACGACUAAGGGUUCAGACAUUUGGGCAGCUUUCGAACACUCUGUUCAACGAUACAGCACAACGGUGGCCAACGGUGAAUUUCUACAAGUUUCAGGAUUAAAAGUCGUAAUAGAUUUGGGUCGGCCUGCUGGUGAGCGCGUAAAAUCCAUCCACGCUAGGUGUGGAAAUUGCGUCGUUCCCGUUUACGAGAAAUUGGAUUUAAACGCCAAUUACACGAUAAUUAUGAGUAGAUAUCUGGCAGAUGGCGGGGACGGUUUCUCAUUCAAAAAAUUGGGGAAAUAUCAGAGUUUUGCGACAACGGAUAUAAACAUCAUGGAAGAAGAGAUCCACGCGAGGUCACCGAUAUGGCAGGAAGUCGGUGGUCAACGGAUAGUGCUGCUAAACAUAGGAGAGUUGAACAAAACACUGACGACUAGCAGUGGUAGACAACGCGUCUCGACACCCUUGUCGAACUUGACAUUAUUACUGUUGACGGUCGCGGUCACGUUGUGUUUUACAGACCAACUUGUUAUAAUUUAUUAAUACGGUUUUUAUAGCGAUCACGUUACAGUGUCGUGUAAAAUUUGCUCAUGAUAAAUUUUAUAUUUUGUGAUAAUAUGUUUUUACCUUUUAAGUAUUAAGAAUUAAUAACGAUGACGACAUAGUCGUAUUCGAUAAUACUUUUCUUUUACGGAAGCUCGAAAAUUAAAACGAAUUAAGUGCCAACAUUAUAAUAAAGUUGGUCUGACUCGUAUACACUACUAUUACGUAUAUAAUAAUAUAUUAUAAACGCACAAUAUAAUAUGUGUAUAACAUAUUUUAUGUAAAACACUAUGGAUAUUAUUUAAUUAUAAUAUGUGUGUAUAGUGUUUUAUGGAAAAUAAAUCGAUAAAACGUGUGUGAAGAGUGGAUAAAAAAUUUCAUACUUAAAGUGUGAACUAUACGAGAGUACAUGUAUAUAACGAUAAAACUCACGUGAAUUUGCGUUAUGUAAAAUGUACUAUAGUUUAUGAUAUUAAAUAAAAUUUUAAUAAUGUUUUU